CAAAAAAGUGAGCAGAGCACAGCUUCCAAAUCACAGCACUUCUACGUGUCUGGUUCUGGGCUUACAUUCCUUGCCUUCUUUUGCUUCACUCCGUCCGUCAUGUCUUCCGCCGACUCACAAUCACAAUCACCAUCACUCUCCUCCACUUCCACGCCUCCCCAGUCGGGCUCCGACUUCCUCCCCAGCAACACCCUUGUCAACCGCUUCAAGAACUUCUACCGCAUGGCCACAGGCUCCAUGUCUCCCGAGGGUCAGAAAGCAUACUGGGAUGACUCGGACGAGCGGUACUCUGACUUUGACUGCAAGCGCUGCGAGACCUGGCGCGACGACCUCCUCCGUACGUCGCCCGUUAUACGAUACAUGAAUGACAACAUCCGCAAGUUGGGUGGGGAUAUCGGGCCACACAACAUCCGCUGCCGGACGUGCAAGGAAGGGAUGCUGGCCGGGUUUGACCGCCAGUACGGAAUCAAAGUCUGCGCGAACUGGGUCCAGAGCAAGAGUAUGAUGGAAGAUGUCGUAGCGCACGAGAUGGUGCAUGCAUAUGACCAUUUGCGGUUCAAGACGGAUCUCGAUUCGGACCUCAGGCAUGCGGCCUGCUCGGAGAUCCGAGCAAGCAACCUCAGCGGCGAGUGUCGGUGGGCGAACGAGUUCUUUAGGAACAAGAUCUUAAGUUUUACAAAUCAUCAUCAAGAUUGUGUGCGGCGGCGAGUGAUCAGAUCAGUCAUGGCGAGGCCGAAUUGUAAGGACGAGGCACAUGCUGAUAAGGUGGUGAACGAAGUGUGGGACAGCUGUUUCCGGGAUACCAGGCCUUUUGAUGAGAUCUAUCGGUGACAUUUCAUGGUCAAGGCAGGACAUUGUUCUAGUGGGUUUUGAUUGAUCAUGACGAGCAUGGCGUUGGAGGCGUACCACCAUCCUUGCCUUUUAAAGGUAUGAUUCAUAUUGACAAGAGAAAGAACUCCAUUCUGCACCAGGAAUUAUGC